GUAAUACACACACGCGUCCUACUCGCAGUCGCUCUGUUGGUCCCAAUUUGCCUUAUUCGUUGCGGGCCACCCAGAGGACUGCUGCACUGUCGGUAGUGGUUGGCAAGGAGUGUUCGCGAUCGUCGCGUGCAAAAGUGACGCCGAAUGCUGACGCUGGCCAUUGUCAGUGACUGACGAACCAGCAUCGACUGCUGUGCCCCGAAAGCCUGGCGACGCUCAUGUCAUCAAGGUGCAGCCGUUGAAGCGGUCAGAGAUGCAGCCCUCGUACGCCCAAGACCUCGGCACAGGCGAGAUCGACCAUGGCUUCUACGGCUCGAUGAUGCAGGCCUUCGGGGCGUGCGUCGGGUUCUGCGGCGCCAUCCCCUGCUGCCCGCUCCCGAACCCCUUCCGCAACAUCCCACAAGGGUCCGUCGGGCUCGUCACGCGGUUCGGCAAGUUCUACAAGUCGGUCGACCCCGGCCUGGUGCAGGUCAACCCGUGCACGGAGGGCGUGCGCGUCGUCGACGUGAAGAUCCAGAUUGCCUCCAUCGGCAGGCAGAAGGUCAUCACGCGCGACAACGUCGACGUCGAAAUCGACUCCGUGAUGUACUUCCAGAUCACGAACCCCUACCGCGCCGCGUUCGGGAUCACCGACCUGCGGCAGGCGCUCUCCGAGCGCGCCCAAACCACGCUGCGGCACGUCGUCGGCGCGCGCGCCGUGCAGUCCGUCGUGACCGAGCGCGAGGCGAUCGCGUUCGAAAUCGCGGAGAUCGUGGGGGACGUCGCGGACAAGUGGGGCGUCGCGAUCGAGGGCAUCCUGAUCAAGGACAUCGUCUUCUCCGCAGACGUGUCCGCGUCGCUCUCGAGCGCGGCGCAGCAGAAGCGCAUCGGCGAGAGCAAGGUCAUCGCCGCGCGCGCGGAGGUCGACGCCGCGCGGCUGAUGCGCCAGGCCGCGGACAUCCUCGCGAGCCCCGCCGCGAUGCAGAUCCGCCAGCUCGAGGCGCUCCAGACGAUGGCGAAGACCGCGAACAGCAAGGUCGUCUUCGUCCCGAUGCAGCUCCAGAGCGACGUCGUCGGCCAGAUGGCAAGGCAGCCGCAGGCGGGCGGGAGCGGGCUUCGGGACGAGAUCGGGGAGGAUAUCGGGCCCGCGGGCCAGGUGGGUAUGCUGAACAGCGUGGCUUCGAUGUGAUUGCGCGGGCGAGGCCGAGGCCUUGUACCACCCCUUCUACGUUUCCCUCACUACUACCGCCCUUCCUGCGCCACCUCGAGCUACCCUUCCUUCGGUGUUGUACGAUAUGUAGUACUCGCUCACGAUUCCUCCGCCUGCGACACGACUUGCUUAUGGUUCGCUUUACGAUACCUCUGCCGGACUGGCUACGAUCCUUGUAAUAUAGCUCACGAUGUAUUGUGAUGCGCCUCCUCGACCUCAGUCUUAUCCAUGUGGUCGCUUGACAGUGGCGCAUUUGGGGUGAGCGAAUCACGUC